CGGGAGCCGGUGGUGCGUGUGUUCAGUGCCGUGACGGGGGAGACCCUCUCAGUCUUGGGCACUGUGUUUCUCCUGAGUACGUCUGUGGCCAGGCUCAUGACCCUGGUGUCCCAGCAGUGUGGGCUUCCCGUCAGCUCCUUCAGGCUGAGCUCUCCCACCGGCCUGCAACUCUACGACUGCAACAGGCUGCACGACUACGCCAUUGACCUGGGGGCUACUCUACGGUUGGACACCUGGGAUGGGUGGGCGGAGUUCCUCAGAGGCUGCUUCCUGGGACACAGACUGACCGUCCAACGACACCUGUCUAGAGAGAGACCUGUGAUGAGGUUCCAGCUCCGGAUGGCACUCUACAUCGCUGCUUCUCUGGGCCACCUGGACCUGGCCGGCUGGCUGCUGGAGAGGGUGCGUGUCAUUGAGCCGGUGGGGGUUCACCCUUACCGUGAGUGGUGCCACCAGACGGCCCACCCGGCCGUGCCCGCUGUCGCCUCCAUCGGCGCGGCCAGCUCACCAUCCUCAAACUCUUUAUCGCCAGCAGCGUUCUGA